AUGAGUGAACCGGACGCUUAUUCCACUGCUGACGAAGCUAUCUGCGCCAGCGCCGAGCAAGUGGUUCAAACACCUGGAGGCAGCGCAGAGUUGUUGUUCGGGGCACGAAUGAGGCUGCGAGACGAUCUGCAAAUCAGGCAACUAAUCGAGAGCGAACAGGCCGCAGUGUUCCAAGAGGAACGAGAUCAAUUGCGUGCGGACGCAAGGAGACGGAUCGAGGAAAUCCAAGCUCGAAACAAGCAGGCGUAUAACAAAAGGCGCAAGAAGGCGAGAGCAUACAGGACGGGAGACCUAGUGGCGAUCGAGAGGACGCAGGGCGGCCCCGGGCUAAAGCUGCACCCGAAGUUUCUUGGACCGUAUCGGGUGGUAAAAGUCCUGCGAAAUGACCGGUACAUAGUGCAGCGGGAGGGCGAGCAUGAAGGGCCACGUACAACUUCCACGGCAGCCGAUCACAUGAAGUGGUGGAGUGUUGAUGAUAGUGAUGCAAGUGCGACUAGUGAUGAUGAGUACAUCUGAGGGCAGAUGUGAUUGCCAGGAAAAGCCGAGUAUAAUAUC